AUAUUUUUCCGCACUAAAAAAGAAAGAAACAAUUAAGCCCCCAAACGGCCAGCAGUAUAGAGCUCCGGAAUCAUCUAGGGCAAAACCUCUCCCCCCUCUCUCUCUCUUCACUCUCUCUCCUCCUCUCUCUCUCUCACACACACACACGCAGGAACACAACACUGAAAAGAAGUCUCAUUUUAGGUAAAAAAAAGAGAGAGAGAAACACAUUCUGCAAAAAGAUACAAUCAUUGACAAACUUAUCCAUAGUAUGCCCCCAAACAUGGCGACUGAAAAUUCAACGAACCGAGCUGAAGAAUUCAAACUCCUCGCUAAUGAAGCCUUCAAAGCGCACAAAUAUUCACAGUCAAUUGAUUUGUAUACGAAAGCGAUUGAGGUGAAUGAGGGUAAUGCAGUUUACUGGGCAAACCGUGCCUUUGCCCACACUAAAUUGGAGGAGUAUGGGAGUGCUAUACAGGAUGCUACCAGAGCUAUUGAGAUCGACCCCAAAUAUUCCAAGGGAUAUUACAGGCGGGGCGCAGCACAUUUGGCAAUGGGAAAAUUCAAAGAUGCUCUUAAGGAUUUUCAACAAGUAAAAAGAAUUUGUCCAAAUGAUCCUGAUGCUACCAAGAAACUGAAGGAGUGUGAAAAGGCGGUGAUGAAGCUAAAAUUUGAAGAAGCUAUUUCUGUACCUACAUCAGAAAAACGUUCAAUAGCCGACUCAAUUGAUUAUCACACUAUAGGGAAUAGCCCAAGGUCGUCUUAUGUUUCCCUGAAAGUUACUGGGGUAGCAGCGGCAGUAGCACUAAUGGCAGUAUAUGUGGGGAGUAAAGCAGCCAUAGCAGUGGCAACAACAGCUAUAGCAAUUGUAUUGGUGGUCUGGGGAACAUAUUUGCUGGGUCUCCACAAAGACAGUGUCUUUACGAAUGGUCGAACUCUUGACUUAGAUGUGGAGCCACAAUAUUCUGGAGCGAGAAUAGAGGGAGAUGUAGUUACGUUGGAUUUUGUGAAGAACAUGAUGGAGGACUUCAAGAAACAAAAGUUCCUACAUAAAAGAUAUGCAUUCCAGAUUGUUCUGCAAAUAAGAGAUUUGAUGCGAGAAUUGCCAUCUCUUGUCGAUAUUAAAGUUCCUGCUGGGAAGCAUUUCACUGUAUGCGGUGAUGUACAUGGUCAGUUUUAUGAUUUGAUAAAUAUAUUUGAGCUCAACGGACUUCCGUCAGAAGAUAAUCCGUAUCUGUUCAACGGGGACUUCGUCGACAGGGGUUCUUUCUCUGUAGAGGUGAUACUCACACUGUUUGCCUUCAAGUGCAUGUCUCCCUCAGCUAUACAUCUUUCUCGUGGAAACCAUGAAAGCAAGAGCAUGAAUAAGAUAUAUGGUUUUGAAGGGGAGGUCAGAUCGAAGUUGAAUGAUAUAUUCGUGGAACUAUUUGCAGAAGUGUUCUGUUGUUUGCCUUUGGCUCACGUCAUAAAUCAGAAAGUUUUUGUGGUGCACGGUGGCCUUUUCAGUGUUGACGGUGUUAAGCUCUCUGACAUCAGAGCAAUCGAUCGGUUUUGUGAGCCCCCCGAGGAGGGGUUAAUGUGUGAGUUGCUGUGGAGUGAUCCACAACCUCAGCUUGGGAGGGGACCAAGUAAGCGUGGUGUUGGUCUUUCUUUUGGCGGUGAUGUCACCAAACGAUUUUUGCAAGACAACAAUCUAGAUUUGGUUGUGAGGUCGCAUGAAGUUAAGGAUGAAGGUUACGAGAUUGAGCACGAUGGUAAACUUAUUACGGUUUUUUCUGCCCCAAAUUACUGUGAUCAGAUGGGAAACAAGGGAGCGUUCAUUCGUUUUGAAGCACCGGAUCUGAAACCCAAUAUUGUGACUUUUUCAGCAGUGGCACACCCAGAUGUCAAACCGAUGGCAUAUGCAAGCAACUUCCUACGGAUGUUCUCCUAAUACGUAAUUCUAUAUCUUGUUAUAUAUUAUUAUUGUUUAUUUUUACGGGAAGGCAGCUAUCACUAUCGCUUUCUUGUUGCCGAAGUGCACAAUGAUUGUGGCAGGAUGAAAGAUUUGUUUGACUUUAGUCAUCGUCCGAAAGAAUUGAAUUUUACUGUGGCCUCGAACAUUUUAGGCUAACCUACGAUAAUUGGUCGAGUAGGUGUCAUAUGUACAACAUAUUGUUGCUUUCAUCAUUGUAUUCAUACUAGUUUUUUGUAUGAUUAUUAUUAUUAUGAGAUAUGGGCUGCUGAUUGAUUAACUUAA